AUGUUUGGUAUAUUCUUACAUGCUCAUUUUCUCAUUGGUUGUUUCCCUGGGGCUGUUGGAUUGGCAAUAUGGGUUCCCUCUGUGACAAACCGGAAGAAGGAAAUUGACAACAAAUCUGAUACAAGAAACUCACCUAAAGGAUAUUCUCCAGUUUCACCUGCUGAUGAAAAUGAAGAUAACUGGAGACAGGCAAAUGCUGCUGAUGGUUUAGAACUCUCUGUUGUUAGUGAUGCUGCUGAUCAUGAAGCAAUUGACAAGAAACUUCAUCUCAAAAAUCUUAAGGUUUCUCAGGCCAUGUCUGACAGCUAUCUGAAGGUUUCAUCAUCUGCAACCCUGAAAGAUGCAAUCCAAUGCAUUCAUGAUGGCUACCAGAACUGUGUGCUAGUGGUCAAUCAAGAAGGUUUUCUGGAAGGAAUACUGACAUAUGGUGACAUCAGAAGGUGUCUUCCCGAGAAGUCUAGUGACACUUCUAUGAGGGAUUCAGGAUUUGUGGAUGUAUGUAGAAAGUGCUUCUGCUCUUUAUAUAUUUAAAAAUCAUUCUGCAAAUUAUUCUGGGAUUAGUAUAUUUUCCCCCCUGUUCUUUCCUUUUACAAUACAUGAUAAUAGAAAAUAAGUGAGGGUUCCAAUUUCAGAAUAAAAUCAUAACACAAAUGGUUUCUAUGUUUUGGUUCGGUAGGGAUACAAUUGCUAAGAUGAGAUAUUAAAGCUUUGAUGAAUGGGUUUUAAAUGUAGUGAUGAACAAAUACAUUAGUGAAAUUCAU